AUGAACAGGUACAAGGUGAUCAAGCAGAUGGGCGAUGGCACGUACGGCACCGUCUGGAAGGCCAUGAACCUCCACACCAAUGAAAUCGUUGCGGUGAAAAAGAUGAAGCGGAAAUUCUACUCCUGGGAAGAGUGUAUGAGUUUGAGAGAAGUCAAGUCGCUGCGCAAGCUGAACCACAGCAACAUCGUGCGGCUGAAGGAGGUGAUCCGCGAGAACAACGAGCUAUUCUUCAUCUUCGAAUACAUGGACUGUAAUUUGUAUCAAGUCAUGAAGGACAGGGAGACGCUUUUCCCCGAGUCAAAAAUACGCAGCUGGAUGUACCAGGUGCUGCAAGGGCUAGCGUACAUGCACAAGCAUGGGUACUUCCACCGCGACUUAAAGCCCGAGAACCUUCUGGUGACAAAGGACGUGAUCAAGGUGGCGGACUUUGGGCUCGCGCGGGAGGUGCGGUCGCGGCCGCCCUUCACAGACUACGUUUCCACAAGAUGGUACCGUGCUCCAGAGGUGCUGCUGCAGUCCACAGUGUACAACGCCCCCAUUGAUAUGUGGGCGAUUGGGGGCAUAAUGGCGGAGCUAUUUUCUCUCCGCCCGCUCUUCCCUGGCGCCAGCGAGAUUGACGAGAUAGUGAAGAUCUGCUCGGUCAUCGGCACGCCCACGGUGCACACGUGGCCGCAGGGGCUCAAGCUCGCCGCUGCCAUGAACUUCCGCUUCCCAGAGUACUCGCCCGUCCGGCUGUCAAAUCUCAUCCCAUUUGCCUCUCCGGAAGCCAUUGAUCUCAUGACGCUGCUCUGCUUCUCAACCCCUCAACAUGACCCGUUUCUCCUUUCUCCCUUCACCCCCACUCCCCCUCCCCACCUCCCCCCCCCACUUCCAACGCCAGUACUCGCCCAUCCCGCUGUCAAAGCUCAUCCCAUCGGCAUCCCCAGAAGCCAUCGACCUCAUGACGCUGCUGUGCUCCUGGGACCCCGCCAGACGACCCACGGCUGCACAGUCACUGCAACACCCCUUUUUCCUGAGCGGAAUCCAGGUCCCCCCAGUCAUGCCGUCACCCAAGCCGAACCCAACCAAUUCCAGCCGCACCCACCCAGUAACAUCGCCACACCUCCCGGCCCUUCCGCAAGCCGCCAGCAAGCCAUACAGCCACCUGGAUGA